AAAGAAGAAAUAUGUACAAUUUAUUCAUUAUUAUUUUCUGUCUUAUUUUUUUUUAUAAUUAUGAUUGUGAUUAUUAAAUCAUAUGUAAUAUGUACGAACAACUACAACGACAACCACAACCACAAAUACGCAACAUUACACAAUGUCUUCUAGUUGACUCUACAUAUUCGGAUUACAGCUUCAUAGGCGAAAACUCUCCCUCAAGUCUAUCGACUGUUUCAUCUGGUAGUAAGAACGAUGAUCGAUCACGCCACGGUUCAAAUAUCAGUUACCAGUUCGAAAAGUACCGCCAAGCAAUGCAAAAGGAAAUCGACUCCUUGCAAACCAGAGGUCGCAAACUAGAAGCCAGUCUGCAGACAGUUGCGACAGAGAAGACGGAGCUGCAGGCAAGCGUUUUGGAGAAGGAGCUCGAACUAGCCGAUGUACGCCAAAAGAACAACGCGCUCCAAAAGACCGUAAGUUUUUUUUUCUUUUUCUUUUUUAUAUAA